CUAUGACUGCCUUCAGACUCCCCAUCACUACUUUUAGAAAACUAAAUGUCUGGUUUGGACUGUGGGAGAAAUUCCCCUGUAAUAAACUAUAUCCCUCUUGGAGGAGAAGCAUAUUCUGUAGCUGUCAAGCAAGCGCAGUAAACUACAGAAGAUAUUUCAGCUUUUCCCCAGUAAAACUCUGUGCACUAAGACUUUUUCCAGCAUAUAUCUCGGUACUUACUCUGCGGCGCAAAAGUAGCAAAAGCUCUAAAAGGAACAGACAAACUGUACAAGAGGAGGAAGAAGAGGAUGAAGAAGAGGAGGAAGACAAUUUGGAAGAUGAAUUCGAAAAUGACCCCAAUGUCAUAAAAGAUUACAAGGAUCUUGAAAAAGUAGUGCCAUCUCUUCGAUACGAUGUGAUCAUGAAAGCUGGUCUAGACACUGCAAGAAAUAAAGUAGAAGAUGCAUUCUACAAUAAUGAACUCAGGCUGAAUGGAGAAAAGCUAUGGAAGAAAAGUAGAACUGUUAAAGUUGGUGACACUCUGGAUCUCAUUGUAGGUGAAGAUAAGGAAAUGGGAACUGCUGUAGUUAUGCGGGUAGUCUUAAGGAAAGUCUCUGACAAAACUGAAAGUGAAAAAUACAGAGUAAUUUUGAGGCGCUGGAAAAACUUAAAAGUGCCCAAACAGGAUGUACUUAAGUAACAGGGGGUUGCAUGUGGCCAUGUAAGAUUUUUGCAGAAAAGCUUAUUUGUUGUUAAAUAUGAAUUUUGGUUAAACAAAAUUACAGUACCCUUUUUUUUAAGGGCUUGUGUCAGAAUGUUAUCUCCCUCUGCUGUGUACACCAGUGUUCAUUCAAUAAGCCUGUCACUUUUUGCUGUUAGUUUUGUUUCAUGGUACUGUGAGAUAAAAGAUCCAACCCUUACAUUUCCAUGCAGUUUCCUUACAGAUAUUAUAUGAACCAAUAAAGAUAUGAACCAAUAAAGACUUAAUUUGAUC